CGCAGCCUUCAAUUCCUCAAGCCCCCCGUGGAAAGGUCAACUAAUAUCGAUCCAGCUCGGAAGGCAAAAUCGGCCCUCCCAAGUUAGCGCCUCCUUAAACCAUGCUGAGAAUAAUCAGGCGUUUUCCAAUGUGCGUAUCUAGCCUAUGAGGCUACUUUAACACGGAGGCGUGACCAAGUAUUGAGUCAAUUAUGAGUUAAAAGUGCCUUCAAGGGAGAUAAGUACGAGAUGAGAAUGAGAAAACAAAUUUAAAUACUAAUCAAAUGUGUUUUAAGUGACAGCAGCGCCUCCAAAUUCAUUACACGCAAGCUAUCGCGUGCGUAAAACGUGCGCUCCUCUGGAGACUCGGUCGGAGAGAGGGAUGGGAGGAGGACCGUCACGGACCACACGACUCUGCGGUGCCACAGGUGGCAGCUGCACGCGAGCGAUCGACACAUCGCCGCAAACAGUUCAGACCAACUUUGGGGAACCGAUGAGUCGGUUCGAAACUUCGACACACCCGUCUGCACGGAGUGAACUACCUGUUUACGACGGGAGUUGGACUUAUUGCGGCAAGGAAACCUGUUCAAACUAGUGCACAUCAUGGAGAGUUGGUGCUGUGAUCCGUUUUGUUUUAGUUUCAUCUAACAGAACAGGGGUAUAUUUUUCCUUUUUGGUUUGUUUGUUUCUCUUGGGUCUCUCUAUUAAAACAUAAAUGGCGUUUGUUGGCGUUUCCCUCCAGAAGUGGUGGGCGAUGGCGGACGACGUGACCGCGCGUGUUCCAACGGUGCGGCCGUCGUGCGGUGUGAGGUCUCCCAUCACGGGUCUCUCACCUGCCCCCCGGUGACCGCUUCGCCCUGAUGGCGUGUCGAGGCAGCGGUUGCUGCUGCGGCGGCGGCGGCGUGGGUCCGCUGAACGAGGACAACGCACGGUUCCUGCUGCUGGCCCUCUUUAUCAUCGUGUAUCUGCUGUGCGGCGCGGCGGUCUUCUCCGCGCUCGAGCAACCCAUGGAGCGCGAGGCAAAGGCGCGGUGGACGCAGAGGUUCGAGCACUUUAGCCUGAAGCACAACCUCAGCAGGAAGGACCUCAGGAACUUCCUGAGGAGCUACGAGGAGGCGAACGUGGCAGGGAUCCGCGUGGACACCAUCCGGCCGCGGUGGGACUUCUCCGGGGCGUUCUACUUCGUCGGUACUGUGGUGUCCACCAUAGGCUUUGGGAUGACCACGCCGGCCACCAUCGGCGGGAAAGUCUUCCUCAUGUUCUACGGCCUCAUCGGCUGCGCCGCCACCAUCCUCUUCUUCAACCUCUUCCUGGAGCGCGUCAUCACGGUCAUCGCCUUCGUCCUCAAGACCUGCCACAAGCGGCGCCAGCACAAGGCCGUGCUCCCGCACGCCGCCCACCACCGCGGCUCCGAGGGCAGCGCCGGCGUCGGAGGAGGAGGAGGAGGCGGGGGUGUUGAGAGAGAUGCGGGCGGGAGAGGCGAGGGUCUGGCCGGCUGGAAGCCCUCCGUCUACUGCGUGAUGCUGAUCCUGGGCGUGGCCGCCGUCGUGGUGUCAUGCUGCGCGUCCCUGAUGUACUCGGCCGCCGAGGGCUGGGCCUACCUGGACUCGCUGUACUUCUGCUUCGUGGCCUUCAGCACCAUCGGCUUCGGGGACAUGGUGAGCAGCCAGCGGCUGGCCUACGAGGGCCACGCCACCGCCGCCUACCGGCUGGGCAACUUCCUGUUCAUCCUGACGGGCGUGUGCUGCAUCUACUCGCUCUUCAACGUCAUCUCCAUCGUCAUCAAGCAAGUGCUGAACUGGCUGCUAGGCCGGAUGGAGGCCGCCUGCCACUGCUGCUGCGGCUGCCUCCCCGGCUGGGGCUGGGGGGGUGCGGGUGGUGGGGUGGGAGGUGGAGGAGGGCCCCACCGCCCCCACCGCCACCCCAGGAGGAACGUGGUGGCCCCGGGGCACCUGAGGGCCAGGAGGGAGCUCUCCAUAGAGACGGACGUGGCCAACGAGAGCGAGACCGACACGGGCCGCCGCAUGUCCGGCGAGAUGAUCUCCAUGAGGGACUUCUUGGCAGCCAAUAAGGUGAAUCUGGCCCUCAUGCAGAAGCAGCUGUCGGAGAUGGCCAACGGACACCCGCGGCCGUCGGGGUCCAGCUCGCGGCAGAACGGCUUCUCCGGGGGCGUCGGGGCCCUGGGCAUCAUGAACAACCGCCUGGCAGAGACCAGCGUGGACAGAUAGAGACCCAGAGGGGGACGGGGGGACGGAGCACACUUCACAGAUGGGAUGUACAAAAAAGGGAAAGACAAGAUUGUAUUGUCCCAACCAGCCGCUGACUUUGGGAGGGAGGGAGACGAGGGGAGACGAGGGGAGACGAGGGGAGCUGAGGGGGCGAUGGGAGUAAUUGAAAAACGAGCCAUUGGUGUGGACGUGGUGAAUAUAUGAACAAAUAACUACGCUUGUCCUUCCACUGCUUGACACUGAGGAGCCUUGUGACCUGCCUCACGCUGCUCUGCUUGUAGAAUCCAACAUGGACGGCUCAUACAGGCACCGCGAACACGGCCUGUGAACGCCUGGAUGAGCACACCUGGAUCCGGAAUGUUGUGUCUUUAAGGAUUCUGUUUCCAUGGUGAUAAAUAUAUAUAUAUAUAAAUAAAAUAAAAGAUGCCUGCAGAAGCCCUUGCGUCUGAGCUGUACAGACUGGAUGACGCAAACAUUAAGAUUAGAAACAUACUCUGAAAAUUGUUAUCUAUGUUACUCUCUGUAUCCACUAACCAAUAAAACGUCUAAUAAAUGGCGAUGUUAAGCAGUAUCUUAUAAACACAAAUGAGGAAUAUUUUUCACUCAACAAUAUCAAGCAUCGAUUUAGGGUGGGGUGAAUGGAAUGAUUAACACACAGAUCGCACUCACGUGAGAGUACAGUUGUGCAGCCUAGAGAGCUCACUCAGGAGUGGACUCUACUGGACAGGUGCGUGCGAGCCAAAGGGCUCCAUUAUCCUCCCUUCGUAAACUACCUGGAAAUGAGACCCAAAGUCACACUAUCUUCCCUUGUUCUGAAAAGCUAAUCCAGCACCGAGAACACAGAAACACACACAGAGAAGGACCCAUUCUUGGUCUAGUUAGUGGCACAGAAGACGAUAUUCCAAUGCAAAGCAAGACUUAUUGUACGAAACACUGCACUUUGCUGUUCUGCUUCACUGUGCAUUAAUGAGGGGUCACAGUGUUGCAUAUGGGUCAGCUAUCAGGCUCAUGUUCUCCAUGUCUGGACUUUCUAUUAGGGGGCCUCUUCCACCAGCUCACGUUACGAUAAAAGUGGUUAAAUAUGUUUCCCACCAUCGUAAAAUGGUUCAGAUUCUAUAAAUCUAGUUGAGUCUUUAGAUACAUACAUAAUCAAUAGCGAGGGCAGUACAUUGAUAAUACUUCAAGAAAUUGUCUUGUAUUAAUAUGAAUCACACUACAGCAAAGGUGAUGGAAGUUGGAAGUACAGUCCUAUGAUUAGCAACCAGCACACUGCCCUGACAGCAGGAAUAAAGAAGAUGUAAUAUCAUAUGUCCUAACCUGAACAAUCACAUAUUCAGCAAACUGUUUCCAUGCAUAUAAUAAGGCUACAAUGUUGUCUGUAAUUGCCUACUAAUAAUAGACAAUGAGGGUAAUUGUAAUUAAUUCUCCAUUAAGGCAUCUGUGAGUCAUCGCUUCUUUCAAGCUGUCAAACCCGAUCAUUACUAGCAGUGUUUCCUUCCUUCAUGAAUCCAGUGGCACAGCCCCGCCACUCGACAACUGGCAUCACUGUAAUCAGCCAUGCAAAUUUAAUUGAAUAAAUGCAUUUAUAGAAUCGUAAGUAUUAUUUCAUUUACGAUAUUAUUUAAUAUAUAGGUAUUAUUUUUAAUAAUACAAGAAUUGCCCCCUCAAAUGCUAUUCGCUUUAUUUAAGGCACUAUAUUUCAUAGAUGCCCCCCACUGCUCAAUUGUAAAAUUUGUAGUACUGUCAAUAGAGAAAUAAAGUGGAAAAAUACUGCCAGCAGAAUAGUACGGCUGAAUAAUAAAUAGUGAAUAGUGAAAAAACACAUGAUGCCACCUACUGUGUCAUUAUGUGUUUUUUCACUAUUCACUGGAAAUGGAUUAAGACUACAUUUAGGAAGCAUAAAGAGAAAAAUAAAAACAACGAAUGACUUAGUAAGUUCAUGUUUGAUUGUGAGACACACAGCAUUAGUAUCCGGAACCAACGCUGUGUGUGUGUGUGUGUGGGGGGGGGGGGGGGGGGGCUACAAAUUGCAGCCUGAAUACUGUUAAUUCCCAAAAACUGUGGCUUGCGCAUAAAGUCGGGUUGCAUGCUGAAUGUUUGUUAUAUGGUUGUACCAUUUCUGUGGGCUUGCAACAGAGCCCGACUGGAAUCAUAUAUCCCACUAAAGCCUCGCUGCUUCCACGCACAUCUGCACCGUGCAAACGCACAUCAACAUGGUGCCCCUCACAUAGACGUCAGCCACGCUGCUGGAAGGAAAUCGUAUGGGAAACACUACGGAAUUAUUCUAACAACAUUCUGGGAUUUAGAGAAUGAUGUAACAGAACGCCAUUGUUCUUCACGUUCUGUGAAAUCAUUCAUUGUAAUUAGAAAUAAAAUACCCUGCAAUCUUGAUCUCCUUGCCUUGUGUGCCAUCUUCUUCACCAGUUGGGUCUGUUGAGAGAAAAACAAAGACAUGCAAACAUUUAAAAAAGAAGCAAUAGAGCUCUUCCAAACUGCAAUGCAUCCGACGGAACAGCUGUACCACAAUGUAUGAUUACCUUUGAGAACCGAAACACUGAUAUUUUGACAGCUCUCAAAAUAAAAAGGAAGGUUCUGCCAGAACGUUUCACGAAUGGUUUGGGCUGAAGAAAUGCAAAUAUUAGAUUUUGAGGAUUAUAGGGGUUG